GAAGCUCGGCCGCGGGGCGAGGGAGAGGGGCUCGGCGUGGCGUGGAGGGAAGCAGCGACCAUGGCCAGCAAAGUGAUAGACCUGAUCUACUGGCGGAGCGUGGGGAAGACGGGCACGGUGUUCACGGGGCUGGUGGUGGGGCUGGCCUGCCUGUUCCAGAUGAGCCUCAUCACCGUGGUGUCCAACUCCCUGCUCACCCUCAUGGCCCUCACCGUCCCCAUAUGGUUCCUCUACCAGACUAUGACCCUCGUACGCCUCAACGACGGAUCGCACCCCUUCCAGACUCUCCUGGAUGAGGACAUGACACUUACAGAUGAGACCACCAUUCGGGUGGUGGAGAAUAUUGUCCUUCUGAUCGCCAACGCCGUCACGGAGAUGAAGAGACUCAUCUUUAUCGGGAGUCUCUUCGACUCAAUCAAGUUUCUGGUGCUGCUGUAUCUGCUGACCUACGUGGGAGAACAGACCAAUGGCCUUACUCUGGUGAUGUCUGCCGUGAUUUGUGCAUUCUCUAUACCUCUGUUUUAUAAACUGCUACAGGGAAGAAUCGACAAGACGGUGUCAUUCGUGCAGUCGUACCUUGACAGAGGCAAACUGGUCCUUGACAGUCUCUACGAGCUAUUCUUCCCCCCUCCUGAGUCCGAGCCUGAACCUGAACCACCUGCAACUACGGUGGCUCUGAAGGCCAAGAAGGCAAAGUGAUGAGGACAACCAGACAACCAGGCCGGGAGGGGGAGAAAGAAGGAGUUUUUAAUCAUGGAAGCCUUAUUUCACCAGGUAGUCCCUGGUACAGCACAAGUUUAAAUGGUGCUAUGAGAGUUUACAUACCCAGAGAGAGAGACAUUGAGGUGUCGAGAAGGAAAGUAAGG